AUGUUGGAAGAUAGAUGUCUUAGAGGUAACAAAAAGAUCGCAUAUAGUGUCCGCCUGGGAAAAUUACGUCCAAUCUGUCUCAAGGACAAGAGUCUUAAAAUUGUUGUCUCUGGCUUUACCAUCAACCAGUAUUGCUGUCUCUCUCUCUCCUGGGCUCGUCAUUGCGCUGCUAAAGGGGGGUGUAGCAAGAGUCCUACAAUUUUGGGGUGCAUUGCUGGGUCGGCUAUACUGAGAAAAGCUGCGUUGCUUGCAUUUGAAAAAAAGAGAUCUACCCUGACUACUGAUAUGAUUGAAUGCCUGGGAGAAAGUUUGGAGGAACGCUGUCCAGUCAGUCAGUGA